CAGUGUAGCGUAGGGGGGUCCUAGGGGCUUCUUGGGGGUUCCUUCUCUGGAGAUAUUUAAGACCCGCCUGGACGCCUACCUAUGUGACGUGGUGUAGGGAACCUGCUUUGGCAGGGGGGUUGGACUUGAUGAUCUCUAGAGGUCCCUUCCAACCCCUACAGUUCUGUGAUUCUGGCUUUUCAGGCUUUAGUCGGCUGUGUAGUCCAGACCCCUGCUAAAGCAGACCCUCUUCCGUGGAUCGCCUGGUAGAGCAUCUCAGGCUGGUGUGAUGCCCAGUGCCCCAAUGGUACAAAGCCCCUUGCCAGCAGGCUCUGAGGAUGGUUCCAGAAGAAGGCGCUGGGGGCUGUGGAUGGUGGGUGGUGUUGGUGGGACCUUGGUGGCACUGUAUGCGGUUGUCACCCCCUUUGUGGCUCCAGCUCUGAGGAGAGUGUGUCUGCCAUUUGUUCCUGCAACUUCAGCUCAGAUCGAGAAUGUCCUGAAGAUGUUACAAGGCAGAAGAGGCACGGUAGUUGACAUCGGUAGCGGGGAUGGCCGUAUUGUGAUAGCAGCCGCAAAAAGGGGAUUUGAAGCUGUUGGUUAUGAGUUAAAUCCCUGGUUGGUCUGGUACUCCAGAUACCGUGCUUGGAGGGACGGGGUACACCACAAUGCCAAGUUUUAUAUUUCAGAUUUAUGGAAGGUUUCCUUUUCACGUUAUACGAAUGUUGUUGUUUUUGGGGUACCUCAAAUGAUGCCAGAAUUGCAGAAGAAGCUCAAAGAAGAACUUGAAUGUAAUGCCAGAAUUAUUGCUUGUCGUUUUCCAUUCCCGUGCUGGAUCCCAGAUCAUACAACUGGAGAGGGAAUAGAUACUGUGUGGGCCUAUGAUUUGAAACAUUCUGGAGGACAUGAAGCAAGAAACUUGGAAAUUACACCAGAAAGAGAAUCUUGAACAUCCAGUGUGUUUAUAUACUGAAAUUUUCAGUUUUGACUUCAUUUGUUAGAUCGUAAACGUAAUGCAACAUAUACCUCAGGGUACAGAGAGAUAUAUUCUCUGAAAUGAUGGGGAGCACACUGAUUAUUUGAAAACACAGAAAGGUGUAGUUAAAAGAUGUAACGUGAUUGAUAAAAGAAUGAGAAAUCGUUACAGAAAUCAGUAACUGUGAUAUGGAAAAUGGAGUAAAACAAGCUACAUUAGUGUUAAGAGAGAUGUCUAAGUUCAAGUACUUGAAUUGGCUAACCUAAAAUCUGUGUUCUUUUUGAUCCUAUGUAGCAUUUGCUACUGUUUUGGGGAGUCGUGUGCCAUUGGCUUCUCAAAUGGGCUGUGGUUCCCAAAUGUCUUCAUUAGGUAAGCUAAACAAGCAUAAUCAACAUACGUAGUACAUCUAACUGAUACAAACAAAGUGUGAAGAUACUGGUAUUUUGUACUUCAUCCAUAAAUGUGUGUUUUUAAAUGGGAUAUGAUACAACAAAUGUAAUGACUAUAUUCAUUAACAAAAUUGCAUCCCUUCAUUAUAAUUGUGCAUCUUUAUUUCUAUGGAGACAGAACUGCAGGAAUGAGCUCUUGUUGGCAUAGGUCUUUGCAGAUGACCCUGAUUUUUUUUUUGGUCCUAAGGUCUCUGAUUUGGGAAAGAUUUCAUGUGUUAUCUACUUGGCCACCCCUUUAAUGGCCCAAACCUUGGAUAAGAUAUGUGUGAGACUUACUUAGUUGGAUGUGUCAGGAAGACAAUCUCUGAUUCCAGAGGCAGAUGGUCCGACUGUAUCCAACUUGAAAAGAAAUGGUACAGUAGAAUCUCAUGUACACAAAAAGAAGAAAGGAGCAAAUGCAUACGCUGGAGCCUGCACUGGAAAGGAUGGUGGCUGUCUUGCAUGUGGUCAAAUGCAGCUGUGAACAUCAGGACUAUCCCUUGAAGAACACUUAUUACUGAUGAACCAUCUUUUACAGCAUUUCACUGUAAUGUCACAUAGUUGAUCUUGUUGGAAAGAAUUUAGCAUAGUUUAACAUUAUUUAAGAGAUACAAGUAUUACAGUGAUGGGACUGGACUACAGCAGCUUGUCUAAAAUAUCUAUGUUUACUUUAAUAUCCAUUUAAUAGCUGUAAAACUAGAAUAUCUAAGGGUGUCUGAAACUAUUUUUACUAUAAAAGACCAUGCAGGAAGGGUGUUAGCUAACUGAGCCAGGAGUCCUUCCCUGAAUAUUUGUAAAGGGGAAGAAGCAAAAGAUUUUGAUAAAGUAAGUUGCAACUCAUCUGUCAUGCUUUGCUUUGACCCAUCUUUCUGCUACUUGCUUUCACUGACAAUCGCUCACGUUAGAUUGCCUGAAAUGAAGCAGAUAUGUUUUCCCUUGUGUUUGGUGAUGUAUUUGUUGUAUUAUCAUUUACUUGCCUUAAAAACAUAAAUCUGAUUUUCUCAGUUCUGCCUUAAAAGACUGUGGUGUGGUCUUCUUAGUUAUCAACUACUGCUCCAGAAAUACCUGUUGAAGAGAUUGAGGUAGAAUUAAUGACGUGAUGGCUGGAGCUUUAAGAACAUUAAGUGCUGUUCUCAAGGCAAGAAGGAAUUUAUGUUUGCUUUUAAAGCAAUGCAGAAGCCUAUUUCUUACUCUUACCUUUUGUUAAGGGUCUACACUGACACAUGCAGUGGUCUACAGGGUUUUUAUUCCUUAUUACAUAAAGGAAUGCAGUGCAUUUCUUGUUUUCAUGGCUGAAGUGCAAAUCAGAAAGCAAAUUGCUCUGAUUUAUACAGGGAACUGAGAAAGCAUUUUCUUUUCAUGUCAUUUUCAGUUUUCCCAAUCACUUGUUAGUAUUUAAUCUGGUAAGAUAUCAAACGAGCAUAACCGUGGCUUCAGUUUUCCCUGUAUGGAUUAUUACGUUACUACACUUCCAAUUGCUCAGGUAAUUAUGAUUUCGUUGAUGUGCUGCUUCAAAGUACCAAUUUGUUACUUUUGAAAACUAAAAGCCUUAGAGAACUGACUUAAUCAAAUUAUAGCACCAGUCUGAAGCCGCAAGAAGGAAACCCCCAAGCUAUGUAUGCUGCUGUUCAAAAUUAAGGUAAUUCAGAUGCACAGAAAAAAAACCCAGUAGUUUAUCUUUGAUUCUUUUCUAGAAGGAUCACCUGAGUUUUGGGAGCUACUUGUCCCGAUGUAUCUUAGCAGAAAAGAAAUAUUGCUUCAUUGCCAGAUGAGUAAUGCUUGACUGAAAUUCAGUAGAACUUGAUCAGUGUGAAAAUAAAUCAUAGUUCUUUGGGCAGUGGUUUGAUUACAAGAGAGCCAUGUGAUAAUGCAAGUUGCUUGGUGUAUGCCACACAGUCAGUAUGGCUACUGCAGUGUCAACCAAGCUUGUCCAGCUGUGUGUUUGUUUUAUGAGCUUUAGGCAUUUCUGUGUUACUAGGUGUUUUCAAGUUCUUGACUUACCCUCUGGAAUGUGAUAAUAUGCUGUCACUUAAUCUAAUACUGCUCCGAGGAAGCUCAUCCUCCGUCUCUGCAUUGCUGUUUAUUUGUGACUCAUGAAUUGCAGCCAGGUAAGGAGAUGCAGAAUCAAAUUCAGAAUACAGCUCUGCAUUUCACAAGGGUAGGUGAAUGAGUGUUAUUUGUGGGAAAAACACUUCCAGGGUCCAGGCUUAGAGAAUGUCUUUUACCUUUAAUAACGUAUGUGUCUCAUGAGGCACCAGAGAUCUCCUACCUUCUGCAGUAAUUUUGUUUUUAAGGCAUUUCUCAUGUGAACAUCUAAAAAAUGUUACCACCAUCACAAUACUGUUCUGAGAUCCAAAGAGGAAGUAGGCAGAAGUGACAUCUUGUUUGUCUUCUAUGUUUUGUCCUGUGGGGGGGAAGAGAGGAAGGGUAGCUGUAGCUGGAGUACGGUACUUUGAGCCUUUCCAAAAGCAGUCUGACAGACUUGCAUCAUAUCUGUACAUAUUACUCAUUGGAUUUGCGUGUUCAUAUUAAGAAUGAGCUGUGGGGAAAGGAGAGUCAAGAAAUGAGUCUGAUGCCAUUAUGCUUGAAUGAACAGGAAUUCCUCAUAGAUUACCUCAGACUUCUGUAGUUUAUUUGUAUGAUGGUUUGCAAAUACUGAGGCAUUAUUCAAGGGAACAUGAUUCUUUCAAACACAUGAUUCAAGAGGGCACUCUAACACUAGAUUUAAUGGCAAUAAAUUCUGAUUUAGACGAUUUUUCUUUUCCUGAGUUCACAUGUCUAGAUUUAUAUUGUAGCUACAACCUGUUUCUUUAGAAAUAGCUCAUUUCUGCCAGAAGAGUUCUGGAAUUCUUGAUUAAAAAUGUGGCUUCUAUAUUUAAUUGUUAAAAAUCACUCCCUUGUGUGAAAGCUGUAAGAAUUCAUCUUGGUAUUUUAUUUUUCAUAGGUUAAUCCAGAUUCAUCCUCAUAUCCUUUACUUAAGAAGACUUUGUUAGUUGUCAGUUCUUUCAUUUUAUUUUUUGAUUUCUUCUUCCUAUUUCAGCAUUUUGCUUUUAUUUUUCACACAGUCUUCUUACAGUUUUAACUACGUGCUCUCGUAAAUUCUUUUCCUGUACCCUGGUAGCUUUUUUUUUUAUCAGCAAACCUUAUAGGAAGACCAAGUAUUUUGCAGGAAUUCCUUUUUCUCUGCAGAUUUUUUUUUCACAUGUAUGUAACUAACCCCUUGUUUUAUUUAGCCGUCUGUAUGCUGAUGUAGCAUGAUUUUCAUUUCCAGUAAAUGAAAGAAAAACACAUCCACCCAUAUGGUAUUUAGACUGAAAAACAGCUUUGGUCUACAACAAUCCUGACUGUUUAGUAGCUUUAAGUACUUAAUUUAGCAUUUUUAUUGUAUUUCAUCACUUGGGAAAUGAACACAGGCCUUUUAUCCAUUCAGUAGUUCUUCUUGUUUGGGUUAUUUGUUCAGGUGGGAUUUUUGCUGAUUUCUUUUUCUUAGUAUAACGCUGGGUUUUCUAUUACAGACUUCGGUUGGAAUGUGGAACUGAUGUUUUUGCUGUGAAUUGCUGAGUAGUCCCUGAAAAAUCACUGAAAUACAACUGAGGGAAGCUGCUAUGAUUGGUUAAAAAAGAAAAAUUAAGUAGAAAUUGCUUUUCCAGUAAAUGUGAAGGGAUGGUUCUCAGUUUACUGUGUGUGCUGUGCUCUGUGGAAAUAGAGUAGGUUUUGCAAGACCCUUGUAAAGCUUGUGGAAUAAAGUUCUGAGGUGAUCAGAGGUCUUUGCAAUGUCAGGAAUAGAAAAUUAUUGGCUUUCUACCUGAGGUCUGUGGGCUGCUUCAGAAGAAUACAGAAGUAAUUUAAUGGACUGUUCCACAGGUUUGCUGCCUGUGGUCUUGUCUUUCCAUUGGAAAAUUUCAGUGUAUUUGAAUGUAGUGAACAUCUGUAGUGAACAUCUGAGGGUCACUGAACUAAAGAUAAGGAUUUAGUUAUGAUGUUAUGGGCCACUGAAAAUGAGUUUAUCAAAUUGCUGGGGUUUCUACCUUCUUUCUGUUGUUCCUUGCUUUGGGUUGUUAAGCCUCGAAUCUCUGCUCUGUCCAAGUGUUUGUACCUCUGUGCCUCUUCUGGUAAGCACUUUGUAUCUGUGUGAGAGCAGAUGCUUUAUUUCUGCACGUUCCCAUUGCUUUCUGAUCAAUUCUAGCUUUGAAAAAGAAAGUGUGAGGAGGGAACACAGAAUGAACAGUGGAAGUUCUGGGAGAGAAAUGAGUGGUGUGGUGUAUAGCCCAAAAUCCAAGGGGUCUUCUCUGUCACCAUCCACUCUAGCAACCUCAGUGCUGAUGCUGUCUUUUUUCCUAGCCCUUUGUAGCCCUGAGCUACAUAGUACAUAUGUAUGUAGCUCAGAGUACAUGCAGAAAUCAAAGUAUUUUGUAUGCCCAAAUAUGCCAUUCUUCAAAUUCUCCAUAGGGGUUCUUGUCAUUUGUAUCCCUAUGUGUUUCAUUGUUUCUUCCUUUUCUUCAGCAUGUGUGGGAGCCAAGUUUAUACUCCGACUACUUCUGUGCUUAAUUUGUGUGUAAGUUUUGUGAUUUUGUAUAAUCAACACCAAGUUAAUUUAGAAAUACGAACCUCACCCUGCAUCAGUUCUGUAAAGAUUCUGAGCAAGAACAGAACAGAUAGUGGUCAUGAUGUGUGAAUACGAAUGUUAUUUAGUGACAAGGAUUGUCAGGUCUGGUGGUAAGAAACCAGAUCAUGCUGCUCCAAUGCUUUAAUUUCAGUUGUCAGUCUGAUUUGUCAAGCAAAGUCCACAGAAUGCAAGGCUAAUAGUAGCAAAGCAGCACUGUUGUGUGGUAUUUUAUAAUGUUUGUUCUGUAAUACUUUAUAAAAACAAAACAACCCAAAACAGCAAUAUUGAAAACAACAGGAAACCAACGCAACAACAAAAAAAUCUCCAGCCCCCUCUGAGUGACACUGUCACUGAUUUAAAAGGAAACUGCAUUUAUCACCCUGAAAAGAUACAGAAACAGCUUUUGCUAUGAAAACAAUUUCUGGCUUCAGAAGCUUGCUGGUUUUUACCAAAGUGAGUUAAGUAUAACAUAGGUCAGAUCCACACUGAUUUAACAAAUGCUUAAGUUUCCUAGAACUGCUACCUUAUUCUUGUAAGCCUCGUAGACAUGCUGUCUAAAUCAGGUUGUUUGCUUAUUCUAAUAAAAAUCCUGAUCAAGUAGAA